AAAGGCCAUGAGAUGUUUUACAUCGCAGUCCAAAGAACCCUUGUUACAACACAACUUCAAUCUUCGUCAUCGUCUCGCCAUUAAUUUCAAAACUAUAACAAACCAGACGAUCUAUCGCCUGUAAAUUCUUCUUAUUUCUGCAUAAACCCACCAACUUUCUUUAAGAACUCGGGCCGAAAAGUCCGUGCAUCAUCCUUCGCUUGAGUAAAAGGAGAAGAUGAACAGGCAGACACCAUAUGGUGAUGCAAGUGUGAACAGAUAUGGUGGUUCUCAAUCUCAUGCGUCUGCACAGAGAAUGCAACAACAUGCUCAAACACCUCAAUUUCCAUUUCGAGGAGAUGGGCGACAGCAGUGGAAUACAAUUGCAAACCCACAGAUUGAAUUAAAUCCAAUGUCCCCUCAUUCGUAUUCCCAAGGAGGUCAUAAAGGAAAUAUGAAGAUCCAGUCCCAAGAAAGGAUGGGAAAUCAAAAGUAUAAUAAUUAUGAGAAUCAAGGAAAUAAGGAAACAAGACUACAGUCACAUGAGCAAGAAAUGGAAGUUGGGUAUGAGGACAACACUUACACUCCUUCUCAAUUAAGUUUUGAAGGAAUGGAGCAGAGAUUCCAAGAUGAGAUCAUGAAAUUAAUAAAAGAUCUAAGCAAUGCAGAGGAUGCAGAAAAUGCUAGACACAAAGAGAGAAUAGUAGAGAUCAAUAUGCGAUACCAAGAGAAUCUGUGUUCACUUAGAGCCCAACAUGCGUCACGGGUAGGAGAGUUUGUUGGCAAGGAAUCGGAGACACGGUUGCAUCAUUAUCAACAAGCUGCAAAUGCAAUGACAGAAAGGGGCCCACCUGGGGGGAUGGCUAGGGAAGCACGUAGGCGGUAUGACAACUAUGGAGCAAUACCAGAUGAGUCUUCUUACAGAGAGUAUCAGCAUCAGCAUCAGCAUCCUCAGUAUCGUGAACAUUCACGGGAACCCAUGACAAGUCAAGGCUAUGAAUCAAGGGUUCCACACCCUCAUGGCCGAGUUUAUAACAAUUCUGGUGCUCAUUACUAAUGUCAAAUUAGACUAAGUCUGUGUUGUGUUGAGCACGCGUCAACUUAUAAACUAUUUUUGUGGUCUCACCACACUCUAAAUUGCAAUAAGCUUAAAAAAUAA